GGCCCUGCCAUGCCAUCCCGGCACCGGCCACUCAAAAUCCCCAGACUUUCCAAAGCCAAAAUCCCAACCUCCGUCCUCCGAUCCCCCUCUUCUUCCUCCUUCUCGCGGCCGAGGGGGUCGUCCAUCGAUGGCGACAAUGGGGGCGGGCGAAGCAGUGAAGAUGAUCUGCGGGACGAAGGUGGAGCGGGUGGUGGGCACGGGCAAGGCGCCCGGUGCUUGCCCGUCCUGCGGCGGCCCCGUGGUGGCCACCGACGUGGAGAGCGAGCGGCGCAUCCUCUGCCUCCCGCUGUGCCUCAAGAACAAGCGCAAGUACUCCUGCACCAGGUGCUUCCGCCGCCUCGUCACCGUCUACAGCUAGCCGGCCCCAAGCCGCUGGUGGUGGUGCCACCGAUCCAUCCAUCCUUCCAUCAACUAGCGAUGUACUACCAAGCAAAUCCAUUAAUCCGCUCGACUUCUUUGAUUCUUGUUGGCCGUGCUUACGGCUCUAGAGUAGCUUGCUAGCCUGGAUAAUGUAAUGUCAUGUUGAUCCUGUCUUAGUUCUUCUACAGUGUUUCUAGGGAGUACUCCUAGUAGCUAAAUCUAGCUAAUUUGGUGGCCGCGCAUCACGUGAAGCGCUGCAAAACUGGCACUCUGAUGUACCAGUAUCUUGCAGUAAGCUCUCUGUCAAUGGUGGCGGGGCACCUCCGCUUUAAUGCACCGGCCUGGCCAGUAUUGGAAAUUCGUAAUGCGCUUCCUUCA